GUCUUCUUUUAGGCUGCUGUUUCAAGCUUGUCUGUCUUUGCUUCCUGCAGUCUCUGGCUACUGACUCUCCAGUGAUGUCCUGGCUGGACAAGGAUAAGAGUCCAUCCCCAUGUCUCAUCCAGAGACUGGACCACCUAGUGCUGACUGUGAAGAGCAUUGAGGACACCGUAGCCUUUUAUUCCAAAGUCCUGGGCAUGGAAGUAGUCACCUUCAAGGGAGACCGGAAAGCACUACAAUUUGGCAACCAGAAGUUUAACCUCCAUGAGGCUGGGAAGGAGUUUGAGCCCAAGGCCCAUAGCCCAGUUCCUGGUUCCACAGAUGUCUGCCUGAUCUCAGAGACCCCUCCAGACCAGCUGGUGGAGCACCUGAAGGCCUGUGGUGUGACUAUUGAAGAAGGCCCAGUGUCUAGAACUGGUGCCAUUGGACCAAUCACAUCCAUCUACUUCCGAGAUCCUGAUGAAAACCUCAUUGAAGUUUCCAGUUACAACACAGACUUGGCUGCGGAGAAGAAAAAGUGAAAUACUAGUUGACAUCCUUUCUCUGCUUAUCCCCUUCCUCGCUGAUUUUAUGUAAGACAAAUUAGCCAUGAUUUUACCUUUUUUUUUGUGAUUUUACUUUGAUUUUUUGCAAUAUUUGGUAGAUAGGGCAAACCUAUGAUUAUUUUGACAGAUCCAGAACCAGCAUCAGCUCAUGUGCAGGGUCCAUUCCACUGGAAGCUGUGAUGUGUGACAGAAUUCAGAGAAAUGUCUGAUUUUGAUCCCUCUGUUAAUAAGGGAACAACCCUGGAUAGUGUUAGGAAGGACUCAGUGGCUAAUGUCAGGAAUCUGCAGAAAAUGCUUCAAUGUCAUUAAAAGGCAUGGUAGAGAUACAUCUUGCAGACUAACUAAAUCAGAGAUGCAUCAUCAGCCACUCCCUGCAAUAAGCAGUGUGCAUCAAGAAUCUCUCAGCUCCUUCCAGUGUACCAUGUUACUGAACUCAUACAAGGGCUGUAGUGGUUGCUUUAAUCUUCCCUUGCUCUGCCUUUCACUGGAUGAGGGGCUUGAGCCAGAACAUUAAUGGGAACAACCUCAGCUUCGCAGGAUUUUGAAUCUGAGCCCAGAUAUUAAUUUCUCAGCUGCACAGUUCCUCAAAUCCUAAACUGUAGACCAAAACACUGCAGCCCAAUCCUUUAACGUGGCUAACGCACAGCUAGCCUGUAUGUUCAGUCCCACCCAUAUUCAUUCCACAGCAGAACUAUAGACAGUAGUUAGCUCUGCAUUGCUUCUUGUACUAGGUAGAUUUAAGCUAGGCUGGGGGGAGGGAGGAGAGGUGGAGUGAAGGGGAAGGAAGGAAGGAAGGAGGGGGAGGAAAUAUCAACAGCAUAGUCACACCUCUGAUUGAACGUGCUUGUGUUCUCAAGCAUAUGUGCAUGAUUGUGUCUCCAGUUAGUAGCCAGGGACGUCAACCACACAGGUAGACAAAGAUCACAGUGGAACUGGUGUCUAUUCAAGCCAGAUCUGAAUUUGGCUCACUGAGAACAGGUGUGUUGCUCUGCCCUUCCCUUGUUGGUCUCUCAGAAUAGAUCAGGCUGGGGAGAGGAUGAGCCAUAGUGAAGAACCUGGCCCAGCUCACCUCAUUAAGAAAAAAAAGCAUCUGAGCAAAUUUGCUCUAAGUGAUAUUGAGCUCACUGUGUUUGGACUGAGUUUGUAACAAGGUUCUUUCCUGACACACUACACAACAGUUCUGCAUUUGGAGAGUCUGAUCAUCAGUGUUUUAUGCCCCCCCCCAACCUACAGAACUAGAGGAACUUCCUGUGCCUCAUCAACAGAAUUGCUUCCCUCUGGGAGUCACUAUCCAUAAUGUCCCAAUCCAUAGAGAUGCAGAGGUGCAUGCAAUAAGAGUUACUUGCCUAAAUACCUUUGAGCCUGAGGACUUAAUACAGUCUGCAAAGCUCUUAUUGCUUGUGAUGAUUCAUGAGAAGGUAAAAAAUCCCUAUCUUAACUCCCAGGCCAUACUUACAUGGACAAGAGAGGGCUGGGGUUGGGGAAGGGAGAUUGUUUUAUUUUCCCCCAACUAAGUAGUUUCACUCCAUUGAAACCCUACCUUGGCCCUUGUCUUAAGUAGCUGAGAAGGGCCUUGUUGAAAAAAAAAAAGAAAUGGAAAUGAUCAGUAUAAAUAAACAAAAACUUUAAAAAUCCCCUCUCAGAUCUUGAGACAAUUCAGCUGUUAAAGAAGUGACCCUGCUUUUUAUUAAGCAUCAUAGAUAAAAAUCCACAGAGUGGCUACACACUUUCUUCGGGUGGCCUUUCCCCUGCUUCCUCGGGCAGGGUCUUGUCCAGUUGUUCUGUGUUUGUACAGCAACCAACACAGUGCAGCUGUGCACCAUACAUGCUUCAAAACAUUGUACUGCACUUGUGCAAUAGAAAUAGUAGUUAGUGAGGUUCAGAGUGUAAGAAAAUUGAAGUUUGAAUCAACUGCUAAGGAGCAGUUUUUUUGUGUUCCUACUGCUGACUCCAUAGACAGAGCUGGAAGUAGCAGUAACUGAUGUGUUAUCUACAGUUCAGUCCAAAUCCACCAUUGCUAUACCCUCAAAGAAAGACCCAGCAUAUUAACUGGUCUCCCACUCUGGGCUGGGUGGGAUUCAGAUAUGGAGGGUUCCACUCCAUGGUCACUGGGUUAAAUCCAGCCCCUGUUAUUGAAAGUCAGAGCUUAUCAGGAGUUGGUCUCAGAUCAAUCCCAGUGGAUGCACAUGGAUGCAUAAACAGACCCUGAGGGAGGAAACCUUUGCUAAAGACUGCUUUAUAGCACUGCCUACAUACUCAUCAUCACUGCAAGAUGAGGUAGGAGAGCCCACGCCCUGGGGAGAUUAUAGUUUAAUAGGCAUAUUAAAACACACAGAUCAGGGCUUUGAGUGAGUUUCAGCUGAGGCAGCCCUAGAGUGUGAGGGGAACUUAGGUUCUAGGGCCAAGAAGUAGAGAUGGGUUCCAAGCAGAGUCACAGAGGAGGAGGGUGAUGGAUGGAAAAGCAGCAGCUUAUUGUUCCAAAUAAAACAGUAUCUAUUUAAAAUAUAAAGGCAUGAAAUUAGCCCUGGGAGAAGGAAGAAUUGGGCAGAGCAUAGCGUAUGAGAGCAAGUGUUGGGCUGGACAAUUUACAUCACCAUUAACAGCUCAGCUGCCUUGACUCUCCUACUGACCAAAUGUGAGCUGUGGGUGGAAAGUAGAGGGGCACUGAUACAUCGGUCCAAUAUUGGAUCAGCACCGAUAUAAAGAAAAUUGUCUGUAUCAGAAAUCGACCUGAUAUAGCCAAUAAUUUGACCGAUAAAUGGCCCGUGUAUGCGUGUAGCUGCAGUACAGCACGUAGGCAGCAAGGGGUACAGCCCAGCAGCUUGAAGAACUGC